CUCCAGCCGAAUCGCGGAGCCGGAGCCUGUCGAGCAGAGCAGCUUGGCGCGACCUAAAGAGCGUCGCAGUCUGCGCGCCGAAAUUGUGCUGUGCUCAUUUGCAUCGGUGACAUCUCUGCUCUGCUGCAAACCUAGCGGCACACCCAACACCAGCACAGCUCUCCGCAGCUCUCCGCAGCCAGCGAGGCAGCCAGAGACAGGAAGCGAUGGGCGUCCGCGGCCUCGCGACCCUGGCACGAAAGCGCGGCGGCUCGACCUUAGAAACGAUCGAUGCGGACACGACACUACUGAUAGAUGGAAGCGGGUUAUGCGCGCACGCGCUGCGAGACCAGAAAUGCGAAUACGGCGGAGAUUUAGGUGCACUAGAUGCCGCGACGACGCAGUUCCUCGAGCGAUUGUUAAACAGAGACUUCCGGGUCGUGGUCUACUUAGAUGGCGACCAGCGAAGGAUGAAGACGCACACCUCCGAAGAUCGAUUAGCCAAGCGCCGAGACGAGUGGUCUACGUUGGAACGCUACGCCGACGGGUCCCAGGAGGUUCGAAGGCCGGCCGGCGACCUGCCCCGACCGGCGUUAGCUUCAAGAGUGUUUGAAGCUUGUUUACGUCGAUUGGACGCCCCCAAGCGGCGAAAACUGACGCUGCUUCAGUGUUCCGAAGAAGCGGACCAGCGCAUAGCCAUCGACGCCUGCCGCCGGAAAGCCCUGAUUGUAGGCAACGACUCGGACUUUUUAGUUUUUCGGGACGUGAGAUAUGUGGAGCUCGAGCACGCCGCUAGAAUAGGAGAAGCGCAGGUCCCCGUCUGGACGCGUGCAGGCGUCGCCUCCUCGCUAAAUCUGUCGGAGGCGCUCUUCGUGGAAUUCUGCCUAGCUUUGGGCAACGACUACACUAGUCAUUUAGCACUGGACGUGCCGAAGUCGCCAGAAAAACUUUUAGAAUUUUUUGCGACCGACUACAGGUGCCCGGACCGCGCUCCCGUAUUGUUUUCGAGAGCUUUAUAUGAUCUACAAUCGUUAGAAGAGUGGCCCCUCGAUCAGCCCUCAUCUGGAGAAAGCGGCGCGCCUCCGCUCGUACCCUCGUCAACAAUAACGCCGCGACCGUCCCCGGACGCCAUCGACGCGAUCGUCGACGAGGUGAGGUGUCUCGUAGCCGCACCGGGCGGCGACCGCGUGCUCCAGCCCAUCCUAUCGAACAUGAGGGAGCAGCUCCAGUCAUGUCUCGACGAUAUAUCAGCAAGGGCCCUGGGAGGCAUGCUGCAAUCGACGCCCGACGACUUGGAUGCGAUUGGUAGUAAAACGCCUCCACUGUGGAGCGAUGUCGUGGCGGCGUAUAGGUAUCAGAGAGUUCUGUGCGAGUCCGGGCUGUUCCGCCAUCUAGGGGCCGGUGUCAGAGCCGACGGUCCUAGGAAUUUGUAUCAUGGUCCCGGUUUUCAUGCUUUAUGUCGCAAAUUGAGAGGGCGCGCAGCACCACCGCCGGGCCUCUCCCCACAGACGACGCCGACGACGCCUCCUGGUUUAAGGAAGGCCCUCGCGAACGUGCCCGCCCAGCUCCCCAUCGACGCCCACCGGUUGGAGAUCCUGGAUACGAUCGCACGAAACCGGGUCACGAUUGUGUGUGGAGAGACCGGUUGCGGGAAAAGUUCGAGAUUACCUCUCAUGCUCUUGGAAAACGACUCAAAGGCCAAGAUGUUCGUCUCCCAACCGCGACGCAUCGCGGCGCGGGCGUUGUGCGAUCGGGUCCGCCAGUCUUUGGGGGAGGAGGUCGGGUUGCGACUCGGGUUUGGGGAGCGAGACGAAUCGAGAAAGACGCGGCUCUGGUUCUGCUCCACUGGAUAUUUAGUGAGAUUGGUGGCAGCCCACCCGCAAGCCCUGAAGACGCACACGCACAUUAUUGUUGAUGAGGUUCAUGAGAGAUCGGUAGAUACGGAGAUACUCUGUUUGUUAUUACGAAGGUUGGUCCAGGAGCACCCUACGAUUAGGGUCGUAUUAAUGUCGGCCACCGUCUGUGUUGAUUUAUAUGCGUCGUACUUCGGCGUCGAUCCUCGAACGAGCUCGUUACACGUCGGGGCUCGACGUUAUCCAGUGACCGAGUUUUAUGCUGACGACGUUGUGGAUAGUUUACGACUGCCGGAGAACUUGCAUAGUAAUGCUCAAAGAUUAGUCCUACACACUGGCGAGAGACCCCCACAUGCCUCGGCGCAGCACCCGCUGGUCAAAGCCAUCGUGCGUUCAGUAGGCACUCCUGGUUCGUCGAUCUUGGUAUUCGUACCUGGUUUAGCCGACAUCCUCGACUUGACCGAUAAAAUAGAACAACUACCGGGCUUUAUUUGUACGCCGAUCCAUUCGGAGGUCCCAUUUGACGAGCAAUUAAGUGUCUUCCAGAAGACGGAAUCAGUUAGGGUUAUCUUAGCUACAAAUGCGGCGGAGAGCGGCGUGACGAUCCCGGACUGCGACCACGUCAUCGACCUCGGUGCCGACGCGGCGUUUUACUGAAACUUGAACUUGAUCCGGUGGAGGCGUUGGCUUCGACGCGAUGCCACGACGCGGUCGCGGCGUUGGCGUCUUCAUGAGACCACGUCGCCUCGACGCCGUCGAUGUGGCCGCAUGAGAGUCGACGCCGUCGACGCGUCUCGUGCUGGAGCCGCGGCGGUUUCGUGACAGCAUUAUUCCCACCCAGGUACGGCGAAGGAGCUCACGUACAACGCCGCGACUCAUAGAAGCAUGCUAGACCAGGUCUGGAUCUCCCAGAGUUCUGCCGUCCAGAGAGCGGGACGAACCGGUCGAGUGCGACCGGGAUCGGUCUAUCGCUUGUACGGGCGGGACCGCUACCUGCGCAUGAACGCGUUCACGACGUCGGAAAUCCACCGCCAACCGCUGGACAAGGUCGUGUUGGAUCUCAUGACGCUCGAGACGGACUUAACUGCUGCCUCGAUGCUGUCGGAGACGGUCGAGCCUCCAUCUAUUGAUAGUGUACUUCGAUCGUACCACGAGCUGCAUUCCUCCGCUCUGAUCACUUCAAGCAACUGUGAUGAGGCUGAUGUCACGAACAUGGGCGCGUUCGUGGCUCAAUUAGGCGUGGACCUACAUUUGGGGAGAUUAGUUGGUCUCUCAGCGCAGAGUGGGAUGUUGAUCGAUGGGUGCGCAUUAGCAGCGACGCUGUCGCAACCUCGAAGCCCCUGGCGCAUCGCGUCGCCCUUGAUCCACCAAGAUCCACAGGAAUAUAACGAGAUCGCGUCUCGGAGUUUCGUCAGUCGCUAUAGGUGGGACAGUGGUAUGCAGUCGGAACCGAUAGCGCUACUACGUUUGAGUAGGGCCUACGCGAAACUCGUCACGGCUUCGUCUAAAAAAGAAUUCUGCAGUAAGCACAACGUCCGUGACUCGGCGUCUUCAUUGAACUUCAACGUGUCGGGGUCGCGGCGACGGCGUCCGUGCCACACAGGUCGUGGAAGCUCGCAUGCGCCAGCUCUGCUCGGCCUCGUCCAAUUUAUAUAGGCGAGCCCUCGAGGCGAUGGACAGAGACACGCGAUCGAAGCAUGACCAGACUACUUCGUUAUUACAAAGUGAGGACCCCCUGCAAGACGAAGCUAGACUCAACAGAUUAAGAUUGUUGUUGACCUGGACCACGGCCCCGAACGGCCUCUUCCAGCUCUACGACGUCAAGCAUAAGACGCACAUCCAUCGCGUGGGCUUGACGGGCCCUUCGCUGUUGAAGGACCACAUCGCGACGCUGUUUCCGCCCUCGGUCGAGUACGCCUUCAUAAGUGGCGAGCGGCACGUCUACACCGCGCUGCUGUCGUGGACUCCCUCAUCCCACAGCGACGAGUUGUUCGUCGGUGGUGUCAGCAAGAGAAUGAAGGCUCCGGAACUGAAGACACAUUUCGAGCAGUUCGGGAGCGUGGAAAACGUCGAGCUCAUCACGGACAAGACGGGUGCCGACUCGGCGUCGUCAUUGAACUUUAACGUGGUCGCGACGCCGUCGGUCGACGCAGGCACGCGCCGGACGGCGAAAGUGAGAAUGGGCAACCCGUUGGAGGCCAUGGAGGCGCUCGAUGGAAAGCAUGACGUCAAUGGGGUUGUCUUGACUGUUGACUUAUAUCAGAAGACGAGGAACGAUCUCGUGCGGGACUGUUCUCCGGGCUUUGAACGGAGGUUAGUAGCACAACGUAAUGGGGCGGAUCUGUGUUACGCGGUGCACGCCGACGGGUUGGUGUUGCUCGCGACGCCGUCGGGCCGAGAAGCCGCUAGUGACUUAAUCCUAAGGUUACUGCAGCACGGCGCGACGUGCGUCGCGAGGGAGGACUACGUCGUCAUAAAAAAGAAAACAUUAUCCAAGGACGAAAAGAAGGACCUCAAGAGUUUGUUGGACGUGUGCACGGCGUUCGGCGUGUCCUUCGCCGACUACAACAGCAAGGCGAGUGACUCAGCGUCUUCAUUGAAGUUGAACUUGACGCGGUCGCGUCGAUGGCGUCGCGGCGACGCUGCAUCGCUUCGACGCCGUCGAUGCGGCCGCAAGAGAGCCCAUGCGCCUCGUGAGAGAGUUGUCGUGAUGGUAUCGUUCCCGCAGGCCGUCGUGAACGCGGGCGGCACGACCUUCGACCACGCCCGGUUGGAAGCUCUGUUAGGACUAACGAUUGGAGACGUCUCGGUCCAGGUGCUGUCGGGGAAGCAAGCCAUCGUGUUCCCCUCAUCACCUGAGAAGGGUCUCUUCGAAACUUUACCGUUAGGAGCGCAAAUCGUGUCCGCGUUGGCGUCGGGACGACGGGGAGAUCGGAUCGAACUGUGGCGCGACCAAGACCAGGCGUUGGGCAAACACGAGCUCCAGGUCCAAGUGGCCCAACCGAGGUACAUGUGCAGUCCGUGGUCCGAUCGAAGGGGCGAGUGUUUGAUGCCCCACCAUACUACGGUCAGAACAUCACUUAAUUUAGUAAAUGACCAGCAGCUCGGCGUCGCGGCGUCGAUGCUCGAUCUUUCCGGGGGCGGCGUCCGCGCGGAGAGUUGUACGCUGUUGCCGUCGCUGGAAUGGUUGCUCAAAGCCUUGACGGUGUUCGGUGUUAGUCUGAACCCAGUACCCCACGGUGUCCUCGAUGACCACUCCGUCGCGGCGUGCUGUCGCUUGUGCGACGCCUGGUCUGUGAUUGGUGAAUCGUUGGCACCGCAGCCAUCGUUAGUUCAGAGGCUGGAUCGCAUCUUUGGGGUUGAGUCAUCGGAAGACAGGGCUAGACGGUUAGCUGAUGAAGAAUCUUUACUAAACGUGGCCGCGGCGCCGUUCCCCGCGCCUUGCCCCGCUCCUUCACUAGGGAAGAAGGUAUACGCCAAGCCUUUGGUGAAAAAGGACCGCUGGUCCUCCGAGGACUGCGCGCGCAACCAGCGGACGGAUGCCUCCUGUCGACGAAGGUUGAGUGGUUCGAUAAAGACGUGCGAACAUCGAGAGCAGAAGGGGCCGUAUAAAUACAGGAAGCCCGGUGCUGACUCAGCGUCUUCACUGAACUUCAACGUGAAGUGGUCGCGGCGAUGGCGUCUUCAUGAUCGCGUGAGAGUCUACGCGUAUUCGCGACGGCGUCCGUGCCACGCAGGCGUCGCGAACAAGUACACCUGCGGCCUCAUCACGCAAGACGACGGGAACGAAGACAUCUUUUACAUGACGCGCGGCGACGCGGGUCUGGCCUUGUCGGAGGGCCUGCGCGUGACUUAUGAAAGAACCACAAAUACGAGAGGCCCCAUCGCGCACUAUGUGAAAGAAGAGAACGGCGUCGUGGAGGCGCCGGCCCCACCCCCACCCCCGAAAGGUAGUAGGAACCCCUACCAGCGCUGGCGCGACUCCCAGUACUCCGAGAGGCACGGCGUCACGCACGCCGAAAAGAGGGAAGCGUGGCUCGCCAUGUCCCACGGCGAACGGACGAGGCAGGCCGCGUUGAUCGGGUUCAGGAUUCCCAAGAAAGCGACAAAUCUAGAAAGGAAGACGCUGCUCAAGGAGCUCCACCCGGACUGGACGCGGCCGAACCUCGAACCCUCACCACCACCUGUCCCGCAGAUGGUGCGGAGCGACCCCCUGCUCAAGGCGCUGCCCUUCUGCUCGAAGGCGCAAAGGCAGCGCUUCGUCGACAACGACGUUGGGUUAGAUUGUUUUGCUCUGUUGCAAGAUGAUGAUCUGACGGAUCUCCUCGGUGCGGACUCGGCGUCGUCACUGAACUUGAACUUGACGUGGUCGCGGCGAUGGCGUCCUCGCGAUGUCACUUCGCGUCGAUGGCGUCUUCAUCAUCACACGAGAGUCCACGCGUCUCGUGUGACGGCGUCCGUGCCACGCAGGCGACGACGAGAAGGCCAAGGCCGCCUUCCGCAAGAAAUACAAAGCUAAGGCGCCGCCGCCCGUCGAAGCGGCGCCCGUCGAAGCGGCCGCGUCGCGGACGGACGCGCUGCUCGCGAAAGCUGCCCAGCUGCGAGCGGGCCGAUUGGGCGAGGCGCCCACGACGAGUCCGGCGCCGCGCGGCCGCAAUGGCGAAUCGGCGCCCGCGCGCGGCCGCGACCGCGCGCCGGCGCCGCGCCAGCGCGGCACCGUCCUGUGGUUCGAGGCCGUGUGGAAAUCAACCAAUGAGUUAGGUUAUCCGAGCCGACGCGGUCACGGGGACGACGUCGCGUCGAUGGCCUGAAAACUGCACGCCAUCGAGCAGACGCAGCAGCUACGGAGAUAGCAUCGCGUCGAUGGCGUGGGGCGCCCGAAAUUUGAUGUCCACACAGGUUCGAGGCCAGCAAAAAGCACGGCUUCGUCCAGUCCGAAGGGCGCGAUAUUUUCGUGCACCUGUCGGACGUCAAAGAAGUUCUGGGCGAGGGGGACCUCGUCGAGUUCCGUGUGCUCGACUUCAAGGGCCGGCCCAAAGCUCAAGACGUCGUCAGAAUCAGCGGGCCGCCGCCUCCCGUCGUAGAGCGGGUCCGAGGCACGUGUCUCUGGUACGAUGCGACGAGGAAGAUGGGCUUCCUCAAGGGUUCGGACGGGCAGGAGAUUUUUUGUCACGCCUCUGAUGUUAAGGAUAGUAUCGGCGAGGGCGACUUAGUUGAGUAUAGUGCGGUACAGUUCAACGGCAAGAGUAAGGCCAUGGAUGUCACUUGUGUGGAACGGGCGCCGCCGCCAUUGCCACCUACGGUUGUGAACGCGGUCGAUCCCUCGCAACGACUCGAAGACGAAGAACCGGCGCGCGUGUUCCUUUCGAUUGUUUCCGACGUGGCCGGGAGCGACUGGAUCGAGGACCAGCAGCUCGGGGCUGCUUUAACGGGGAAAGGCGUGCGCCUGGCUUUGAUUCAUGCGAUGCGCGCCGGCGCGCUUAAAAGAAGAUGGGUCGAGUACGGUCGCAGGAGGCUGGACACCAACGCUAUUUUAUCAACUUUUGAAUACGUGGCCUGGCCGGAGCAGGUUAGACAACAGUACCUGGCGCCGGACAUGUACCUGCGCGUGACGGGCGACGGGAUGCGCGUGAUAGGGCGCUAG